AUGUUGGACUUUUUCAGCAUUUUCAGCAAGGGAGGCAUUGUUCUCUGGUGUUUUCAGGGAACAACUCAGUUGUUUACCCCGUCUGUUAACGCCCUUAUCAAGAGUGUUAUCCUACAAGAAAGAACUGGCAAUAGUUCUUAUACACAUGAAGCAUUAACACUACAGUAUCGUUUAGACAAUGAACAUGAGCUGGUGUUUGUGGUGGCGUAUCAAAAAAUAUUACAGUUGACAUAUAUAGAUGAAUUUCUGUUAGUUAUACAAGAUGAAUUUCGAAACAAGUACAAAGAUGAUUUGCAGCGAGGGAAUAUAUAUCGAAAUUUUGAUUUCAGUGAAUCUUUUAAUCACUUACUUAAAGAAACGGAGAAUAAAAGCAUUCAACAGGCUCAUAAGCCAAGAAAAAUGAAGACUUAUGAAGAGUCUCAAAAAUCUAAAAAAACUGUAGCCUCCAUGAUAGAAAACAAAAAAGAAGAUAAGAAGAAAAAAGAAGAAAAGUCCAAUAAAGCAGUCCGUCCUACUGACAUUCAAGUCAAGGCUCCACCACCUGCAACACCACCUAAACCAAAAAUGUCCCCCAUCACCAAUGCAAAUGGAGAGCUAGAUGAAGAGACAAUACGCAGGAAUAUUGAACUGUUAAAAUUAAAUAAAAAGAAGAAAUCAACUCCAAAACAAGAUACCAGCAAAAGUCCUCAGGAUAAAAAGAAGAAAGGAAAAGAAGCCCGCAAAUGGGAAAAUUCUGGUACUGCUAAAGACAUGGAAAGUUUGGACUUUAGCAAUGCCAAUGGCGUCUCCAAUGGCGAAAUCUCUGAUGCUGACAUUCUAAAGAGUCUCACUCAAGAUGAUUUGAGUAUGACUGGUCAGAUGAGAGGUGGUCUGAAAGAUAUGGAACCAGAGAGUAGCAGUGAGGAAGAAGAGGAGGAAGUAGAGCCAGUCAAGAAAAAAGAACAAAAGAGCAACAAUGUUACUUUUAAAAGCACUGCAAAAUCUUCCUCCAAGAGUGGUUUUGGGGUUUUCAGUAUGUUUAAGAAUUUAGUUGGUUCUAAAUCUCUGACUAUGGAAGAUAUUCAGCCUGUGGUGGACAAGAUGAAAGACCAUUUGAUUUCCAAAAAUGUAGCUUCAGACAUUUCUCAAAAAUUGUGUGAUUCUGUAGCUACUAAGUUGGAAGGCAAAGUGCUUGGAACAUUUGGUAGUAUUACUACAACUGUAAAGAAUACUUUAAAUGAAUCCUGUGUCCAGAUUCUGUCUCCACAACGUCGUAUAGAUAUCCUACGUGAUGCACUGGAUGCUAAGCAACAACGUCGUCCUUAUUGUAUCACUUUUUGUGGUGUUAAUGGAGUUGGCAAGUCCACAAACUUGGCUAAGGUGUGUUUCUGGCUUGUUGAAAAUGGUUUACGUGUGUUGAUUGCUGCAUGUGACACAUUCCGUGCAGGUGCUGUUGAGCAGCUGCGUACUCACACCCGCAAACUGAAUGCCCUCCACCCAGCUGAUAUGCAUAAUGGUGUGCAAAUGGUGCAACUUUAUGAGAAAGGCUAUGGAAAAGAUGCUGCCGGAAUUGCUAAAGAAGCCAUUAAUUUUGCACGUGACAGCCGUAUAGAUGUUGUACUUGUUGAUACUGCUGGACGAAUGCAGGACAAUGCACCUUUAAUGAAAGCUUUGGCUAAGCUUAUCAAAGUGAACCAACCUGAUCUGGUUUUGUUUGUUGGUGAAGCUCUUGUAGGCAAUGAGGCUGUUGACCAACUCACCAAAUUCAAUCAAGCUUUAGCUGACAACUCCAACAUGACCAACCCCAGACUUAUUGACGGAAUUAUUCUCACUAAAUUUGAUACAAUUGAUGACAAGGUUGGAGCAGCUAUUUCCAUGACUUACACAACUGGCCAACCUAUUGUCUUUGUUGGCACCGGCCAAACUUACACUGAUCUAAAAAAUUUGAAUGCCAAAGCUGUAACGGUACCAAAAAAUUACAAACCGGAUUUGAAUAUAAACUCACUGGAUAAUUCCAUAUUGGAUCUGCAUUUGAAGCACAAAUAA